AUGUGUGCCUUUAAUGACCCUUCCACUCCCCAUGUGCCCUUGGAAAAAUUGUAUGAAAGAGAUGGAGCAAUUCAGCGAAAAUCCUGCUCGGAUCCAGUUCCCACCUGCAGUCAACCCUGUCAGCGCCUUCUUAAAUGUGGAGUGCCAGGGUCAUACCAUGAGUGCCAGGCACUGUGCCAUGAGGGGCCAUGUCCGCCAUGUCCUCUUGAAACUCCUGUUAAAUGCCGUUGUGGUGCUAUGGAUUGCAACAUUCUCUGCUCCGAGUUGACAACUAAAGCUGAUGAAGUUACUUGUAAGAAGCCUUGUAAAAAGUUGUUUAAUAUAUUUGUAGAUGGGGUUUUAAAAGAAGUGAAUGGUAGUGUGUUGGGAAUGAGUGAGGAAUUAAAAGAUGUCAGAUCUCAUACAAAGUGGGAGUCAUCUCAGUUACUCUUUGCUGAUGGCAGUUUUUGGGGGGAUUCUGAAAAUAAUUUGCAAUUGUUGGUGGAUGAAUUUGGAAAAGUACAAAAUGGAGAACAUUUGAUUUCAGAUUCUGGUUGGAGAUGCCCUGCAUGUCAAAGCUCCACCCCAAAGGUUCCAAAUGCAUACAGAUGCUUCUGUGCAAAAGUUAGAGAACCUGAGUGGAAUCGGCGUGACAUAGCCCAUUCUUGUGGAGAGAUAUGUGGACGAAGUCGUAAGAUUGAGUGGUGUAAACAUAAGUGUAAUAUUCUUUGCCAUCCAGGACCAUGUCCACCCUGUACAGCCUUUAUCAAAAAACAACAGUUUGACAACAGAUGCUUUUGUGGAAAAAAUAGCCGUGAAGUAGUGUGCACUCAAGAGACAUUCGACAUAAGCAUCUACGAAUGUGAGGACAAGUGCUUACGCACUUUAGAAUGUAAUAAUCACCAGUGUAAAGCCAAGUGUCACCCUGGAAGCUGCAAACCUUGUGAGAGAGCAGUACAUACCAUCACACGCUGUCCCUGUGGUAAAGUUCCCUUGGAAAAAUUGUAUGAAAGAGAUGGAGCAAUUCAGCGAAAAUCCUGCUCGGAUCCAGUUCCCACCUGCAGUCAACCCUGUCAGCGCCUUCUUAAAUGUGGAGUGCCAGGGUCAUACCAUGAGUGCCAGGCACUGUGCCAUGAGGGGCCAUGUCCGCCAUGUCCUCUUGAAACUCCUGUUAAAUGCCGUUGUGGUGCUAUGGAUUGCAACAUUCUCUGCUCCGAGUUGACAACUAAAGCUGAUGAAGUUACUUGUAAGAAGCCUUGUAAAAAGAUGCGUCACUGUAGCAGACACAAAUGCAGCACCAAAUGCUGUAUAGAUGUGGACCACAUUUGUACGUUGGUGUGUGGGAGAAUGUUGACAUGUGGCUUACAUAAAUGCGAAGAGCCAUGUCACCGUGGAAACUGUCCAAGAUGCUGGCAGACGAGCUUUGAAGAACUAACGUGCCAUUGUGGUGCAUCAGUGUUGUACCCACCUGUGCCUUGUGGAACCAAACCCCCAGUCUGUGACAAUCCAUGUCGACGACCUCAUAGUUGUCCUCAUGAAGCUACCCACCUCUGUCACCCUGAUGAACCCUGUCCACCUUGUACGAUGCUUGUUGAUAAGCCUUGUUUUGGUAAUCAUAAGAUAAUGCUUCGAACCCUUUGCUACUUGACUGCUGUGUCAUGUGGAGGAGUGUGUGGACGUCCAUUACCUUGUGGUUUACACAAAUGUCAGCGUGUUUGCCAUGAACUGCCUUGUGUACCAGAAGGAACUUUAUGCACGCAAAAGUGCUUAAAACCUCGGGAAUCAUGUGGUCAUCCCUGUGCUAACCCAUGCCAUACUGGGCUCUGUCCAGACACAUCCUGCAAGGAGAUGGUAAUGAUUCUUUGUGAAUGUGGACAUCGAAAAAGGGGCCCCCUCUGCAGUGCCAGGGAAAAAGACCGGGAAUAUUUGCACCUGUCCAAACAAAAGAGUUGCAUUCAUUCGUUUGCUCCAAUGAACCGAGAAAAACGGCAGUUUGUUCACGAAUAUUGUGAACAUUUUGGUUGCCAGAGUCAGUCAUAUGAUGAGGAACCCAAGAAGAAUGUUGUUGCCACAGCUGUACGAGGCAUGUGUUAUCUGCCACCCGUAAGUGUACUGACUGUGACUCAGCGUGAACAAGGACAAAGGAAGGUGCCGGCUCCAGUCUGGACCCGUAAAUCUCCCAUGAAGUAAGUUGUGAGAAAGUUAACGUGUACAAUAUGUGAGUAUAGGAGGGGAUGAUGUACGUGUACAGUAAAACACUCAUAAUGCACAGAAUUGAUUUCUGGAAAUCAGCAACUUAUGAAAAAAUAACAUUAUGUAACUCUAUCUAAAAUUCUAGGAACCCUAUCUGAAAUUCUAGGAACUAAAAAGAUAUCCAAAAACAAAACAAUCAAAUUAACAAAAUCGGAUGAACCCCUACCCCCACCAACUGAAACGGCAAACAGACUCGAUGUUUUUUUUUCUUGACCAUAAAAAGAAUCUAGCAAGCAAAAUCCCAAGCUCAAACACCUGUCCAUCAGACUACCUCAUGGGCACCUACCCGAAUACACUAUUCCUAGCCCCAACCAACCCAACAGAAGUUUUGCUCAUCAUCAACGCCCUUAAAAACAAGGCAGG